CCUCGGCGCACGCGCAGUGAGGUUCCACGUGAGCGCCUGCGUUUGUUCUCAAACCCAACGAUGCCACCGGAACGGAGGAGCCGAACGAGACCGGAACGGAGAACUGGAGCGAGGCCGAACCGGAAGACCGGAAUGAAGCCGGACAGGAAAGUCGGAGCGAGGCCGGGCGGGCCGCCCCGAAAGGCUGCUUAUUCAUCCCAGCGGAAACCGCCGGCCCGGCCGAGAGCAGCGGCCACUGCGAUCGCAGUCGCAGCGGAGGAGGAGAGACGACUCAGGCAGCGGAACCGCCUGACGCUGGAGGAGGACAAGCCGGCAGUGGAGCGGUGCCUGGAGGAGCUGGUUUUCGGCGACAUCGAGGACAACGAGGACGCGCUGCUGCAGCGUUUGCGAGGCCCGCGGAUUCAAGCCCAGGAAGACUCAGAUGACUCAGAAGUGAAGAAUGAAGCAAAAGAUAAUUUUGCACCUCGAAAGAAGCCAGUUUGGGUUGAUGAAGAAGAUGAAGAUGAGGAAAUGGUUGACAUGAUGAACAACCGUUUUCGGAAAGAUAUGAUGAAAAAUACCAGUGAAAGUAAACUUUCAAAAAAUGAGCUUCAAAAGAGACUUAAGGAAGAAUUCCAGCAUGCGAUGGGGGGAAUACCUGCCUGGGUAGAGACUAAUAAGCGGAAAACAUCUUCUGAUGAUGAAAGUGACGAGGAUGAAGAUGACUUGUUGCAAAGGACUGGGAAUUUCAUAUCCACAUCAACUUCUCUUCCUAAAGGAAUCUUAAAGAUGAAGAACUGCCAACAUGCAAAUGCUGAACGUCCUACUAGUGCUCGGAUUUCUUCUGUGCAGUUCCAUCCUUGUGCACAGGUGGUGAUGGUUGCUGCACUAGAUAACUCUGUGUCACUACUUCAGGUUGAUGGAAAAACAAAUCCUAAAAUUCAGAGCAUUUACUUGGAAAAGUUUCCGAUCUUUAAGGCUCGUUUUACUGCUAAUGGAGAAGAGGUUUUAGCCACAAGUACCCACAGCAAGGUGCUUUAUGUCUAUGAUAUGUUGGCUGGAAAGUUAAUUCCUGUACAUCAAGUGAGAGGUUUGAAAGAGAAGAUAGUAAGGAGCUUCGAUGUCUCCUCAGAUGGGUCCUUCUUGCUCAUAAAUGGGGUAGCUGGAUAUUUUCAUUUGCUGUCAAUGAAGACCAAAGAAUUGAUUAGUAGCAUGAAAAUAAAUGGAAGGAUUGCAGCAUCCACAUUUUCUUCAGAUAGUAAGAAAGUAUACGCCUCUUCGGCGGAUGGGGAAGUUUACAUUUGGGAUGUGAACUCUAGGAAGUGCCUUAACAGAUUUGUCGAUGAAGGCAGUUCAUAUGGAUUGAGUAUUGCAACAUCUAGGAAUGGACAGUAUGUGGCCUGUGGUUCUAAUUGUGGAGUGGUAAACAUAUACAAUCAAGAUUCUUGUCUCCAAGAAACGAACCCAAAGCCGAUAAAAGCUAUAAUGAACUUGGUUACAGGUGUUUCUUCUCUGACCUUCAAUCCUACCACAGAAAUUUUGGCAAUUGCUUCAGAAAAAAUGAAAGAAGCAGUCAGAUUGGUUCACCUUCCUUCCUGUACAGUAUUUUCAAACUUUCCAGUCAUUAAGCAGAAGAAUAUUUCUCUUGUUCACACUAUGGAUUUUUCUCCGAGAAGUGGCUAUUUUGCUCUGGGGAAUGAAAAGGGCAAGGCCGUAAUGUAUAGGUUGCACCAUUAUUCAGACUUCUAAAGAGAUUAUGUGAAAUUCAUUUGAGUCACAAGAGAAGCCCGUCCUGAUAGAUCUUCUCAGAAAUUUUCCAGAAUGUGUGAUACUGUAUGGAUAAUGGUUUUUCGAGCCAGCUGUGCAUAUUUAAGUUAAUCAAAGUGUUUUAAUAAAUACAUGUCAACUUUUGUUUGAAAA